AAGACUGUAACGUGUACGACGACAAACGGCGACUGAUAUGGAUAAUGGAUGGAGCACUAUGAUGGCAACUGAGUAGGAAAAGAGAGGCUGGAGGAGCCUUUUCGUAUUGGUAUUGGUGGUGAUUCACUUGAUGAAGUGAAGUGAGAUAGGGAAAGUCUGGGGGAAUCUCAGCAAUCCUAGGCAGUGCAAGCAUCCAAAGUCAAAGGCCUAGUCAUGACCUUUUCGACCCACCAAGUGAGCACAAGCAUGGCCGGCUUUAAGUGGAUGGAUCUCUUGGAGAAAGAGUUCGACAAAUCUUUUGUGAGCAUGGACGAGUUGUUCAAGUCUGUGACGGAAGAAUAUGAAAUCUAUGAUCUAUACGAAGCCAAUCGGAAGGUCCUGGCCAAUAUGGGAUCAUGCUUCGUCCAAGUUCUACACAAAGCACAAACCAUUAUUCAACAAAAUGCCAAACACGAAGCUGAACUCAUUCAUCUACGAGAGGAAUUGGCCGAAUCCAAAGCCACCUUGGCCAAAGUGGAGUCCGAAAAGAAGUACCUGGUGUGCAAGCUUCAAUCAUCCUUAAUGGAAAACCAGAAGCUAAAGGCUCCAAACAUGUCGAAGGACCGAGAUGCAUCGGGCGAGGAAAAGAUGUGUGCAGAUAUCCAACUCAAACUAGCCAACGAAAUGGCCAUCAUUCAGCGUGUGGAUUGGAACGCCAAGAAGAUGGAGGAGAGGGCCAAGAAUCUGGAAGAGGAGAAUAUCCGACUCCGAAAGAGUCAGGUAGAGCUUGAGAGCGAGUUGGUUGGUGCCCGUCUGGACUCCAGAUACUUGGACAAGGAACUAGCCGGUAGAAUUCAGCAGAUCCAAAUUUUGCUAGCCAAUGGAACAAGUCAGGAGCACAAGCAGAAGGUUUGGAACCAAAUUGAGACCGAAAUGCAUCUCCAGCGAUCCAAGACAAUCUCGAACAUGUGCUACGCCAAGCAGCGUAUCAAGGAUUCUUCUCGAGCUCAUGAUCCGCAUGAAAAUGACAGAAAAGAAUCAUUCACUGACCCGAAAAGCCGCAUCAAGCAAGUGCACAUUCACAAGAACGAUUCCGAAGAGUUGGGUAUGGCCAUUUUGGGUGGCAAAGAGCACGGUUUACCCAUCAUGAUAUCCGAGGUGUUUUCUCACACUGCUGUGGGCCGUUGCCAGAAGAUUUCAGCGGGUGAUGUGAUUCUGGCCGUGAAUGGCGACAGCUUCCAAGAGCUUGGCCACCACGAGGCGGUCAAGUAUCUCUCGGCGCUUCGAGGAGCCAUCAAAUUGGACUUGGAGCAUCGAGUGGAUGAUAACAUUGAAGAUGUGUGUGAUAUGACAAGCAGGUAUUACGAAAUCUUUGGCGAUGUUCAGGAUUCCAAUGUGGAUUAUCCGGCUGUGCCGCGGAUGUCGUUGUCGCGGCCUGGACAAGCAAAAGACACACGGCCGCGAUCGGCUUCAAUCGAUUCGAGAGCCUCAACCAACUCCGUGAGAGAGUUGCCCCAAGUCCAUUCCAGCCCCAAAAAAUCUGCCUUAAAUGGGAAAGUGUCUUCAAUCUAAUUGGCCAAGGACAGCCUUUAUUUUGAAUCCAAGUUUUGUGAUCAUAUUUUUUUUCCAGAGCGUUUGUUAUCAUUAUUAACCGUUUACAUUUGUUGCACCAAAAAUGGAAGAAAUUUCAUUGAUCAAAUAGUG